UUAACAAAUUAUAAAGAUCCACUCUUAUCAACUACUUUUUAAGCCUUCCAUGCAGUUCCCAUGGCCGAUACAAAGGAAACUUUGUUGUUGGACAAAGAACCAAGCCAACCAGAGCAAUUUAUUACACACAAGUGUUGUUCUUAGUUGGAACACUAUCCGCGUGACCUUUUUAGGAACAAGAAAAAUGAAUAGGACACAAAUGUAUAGAAAUGAAAUCGUAAAAAUUAAAAGAAACACUUUUUCUUCUCAAAUUUAACCAAUAUUUUUCUACAAAAAAUGAACAAAAAAGAAUAAUAAAAAAAUAAUUCUGCCUAAGUAGUGAUUUUUUUAAGAAUGAUAAGGAAUUCAAUGUUUGUCUUCAUUGGUCACUAUUCAAAACUAAUUGUUCAUAUAAUAUGGAAAAAUAUCCUUUAUCCAUGUUGAUAUAAUGUUAGUCAAAUUCAUAUACUUUAAGUUUAAUUUAUUAUCUAAUAAACAUCAAACUAUUCAUGAAUGAAUGAAUUUUCGAUAUUUUAUACAUGAAUGUAUCAAAUUUAUACAUGAGUGUAUCAGUUAAUUAUGUAUUCAGUUUAAUGUAUUUUAAGAUAAUUUUUGUAUAUUUAGCAGAUUUUCAACUACAUAGAUUUCAGUUUCAUUAAAAGUAUAGUAAGAUUCACUUAAUCAACACAAAGAAAACAAAACACAUGACUAGUUAAUAAGUGAAGCACCAAAUUUGUAAAUGAAUCAACGACGAAGAUCACAAUGGAAACAAAAAUAAAAGAAAUUGACUAUUUAAAUAAAUAACAAUGACUCUGGAAAUAGAUCUCAGACAUUGUUCAUAUAUAUAAACACACGUGAACAACCAAUAUAUGCAAGAAACAAAAAGAACAAGAAAAAAAAACUCUUCUCUUUUCUUCAGACAAUCUAAUACACACAAAUACAGAAGUUUCAUCAUGAACUACUCUCCUAAGACGGUGUUCUUGUUCUUCCUCUCGUGCAUUGUGCUGAUUUUCAACUACGGCCUCGUCACCACCGCAGCAAGUAACGUAGGCUUGAACUACGGCCUCCUUGGAGACAAUCUCCCACCUCCAUCAAAUGUUAUCAACCUCUACAAGUCCAUUGGCAUUACCAAAGUCCGUAUCUUCGACCCAAAUACCGAGGUUCUUAAUGCCUUACGCGGUCACCGCGAUAUCAAAGUCACCGUAGGCGUUAGAGACCAAGACUUGGCUCCUCUUGCAGCCAGCGAGGACGCUGUUAAAGCCUGGUUCGCGACCAACAUCGAGCCUUAUUUAUCCGACGUCAACAUCGCUUUCAUUACCGUUGGUAACGAAGUCAUCCCUGGACCGAUCGGUCCUCAGGUUCUUCCCGUCAUGACGUCUCUCACCAACCUCGUCAAGUCUAGGAAUCUUCCGAUCUCCAUAAGCACUGUUGUGUCCAUGGCAAACCUCGGACAGUCCUACCCACCUUCCGCGGGAAUGUUCACGUCCCAGGCGCGUGAACAACUCACCCCAGUUCUGAAGUUUCUGUCUCAAACGAGUACGCCGAUCCUCGUCAACAUCUACCCUUACUUCCCUUACGCAACCGACCCGGUGAACAUUCACCUCGACUACGCCAUUUCCAAGAGCAAGGCCGUCGUGGUACAAGACGGACCAUUGGGAUAUUCAAACAUGUUUGAUGCAAUGUUCGACGCAUUCUUGUGGGCAAUGGAGAAGGAAGGAGUGAAGGGUUUACCAAUGGUGGUGUCUGAGACGGGAUGGCCGUCCGCGGGCAACGGAGACAUGACCACGCCGCUUAUUGCAGCUACCUAUAAUGGAAACUUUGUGAAACAUGUAGAUAGCGGCAAAGGGACACCAAAGAGGCCUAGCAGCCGUGUCGACGGGUUUUUAUUUGCAACGUUCAAUGAGAACCAGAAGCCGCCAGGGACUGAACAGAACUUCGGAUUGUACAAUCCUGUUGAUAUGAAACCUAUCUAUAAGCUGUUUUGAGUGUGAAAGUUUCUAUGACUUUCCUGUUUUUUUUUACUAAUAAUAAUGCUCUAGUUGUUUUUUUGCUUAAUUAAAGUAAAGAUUAACAACAAUAUAUACCACAUGUAAUAAUAAUAAACUAUUGGUUUCAAUGAGAUGAUGAAAUCUCUUAACAAAACAUAUAUAGUUUGGCUUUGGAAUC